CCAACACUGAAAAUAAUCUGUUUUGGUUUGGUACUAACUAUAUAUAGAUUAAAAGCAAAAGAUAAUAUGAAUGUGUAAAAUAUAUAAGAAAAAAUAUAGUCUCCUUUAGUCGCGCGGCGCAGCUGCGAAAUCAACAUUUAAUUGAAAACGUGUAAACGUAACAAGUCGAGUGACAGUGGGCCAUAUGCUGCCGGCCUUUCGUUUACAACAUUAUCACUAAGUUUUCACCUGAUAUUGAAAAAAAAAAAUUUUCGUACUUCCAGACACACGGCAAUCAUGGUAUCCAGAAUGAAGCUUCCAUUAACCUCACAAUGUAUCAAAUACCUCAUGUUUGCCUUCAAUCUAAUCUUUGUGAUCACGGGAAUAAUUUUAGUAACGAUAGGAUCUGUUAUUCUUCGAGUGUACAAUAAUUAUGAACAUUUCCUGGACAAUAAAUUCCUCUCUGUGCCAACACUUUUAGUUACAACGGGUUCAAUUAUAUUCUUUAUAGCAUUUUUUGGCUGUUGUGGAGCUGUUCGAGAAAAUUACUGCAUGGUUGUCACGUUUACAACAUUGAUGAUAAUAAUCUUUUUAAUGGAAUUGUCAGCUGGAAUUUCUGGCUACGUUUUGAAAAACCAAGCCAUUGAAGUGAUUGAAGGGAAAAUGAACAACACAAUGAAAGCUUAUGGAAAGAACAAAGAGAUGUCAAUCGUUUGGGACAAUCUUCAAACAAAUUUUAAUUGUUGUGGAAUGGAAAGCUAUAAAGAUUGGGGUAAAAUUUGGAGAAAUGAGUCUCUACCAAGAACAUGUUGUACUUAUGAAGCAGGAGUUAUAGGAAAUAUGAGUUGUUUUGCUACAAAUACUAUUACAAAUAAUAUAAAAGUCAAGGAAACCGGAUGUCUUACGAAAUUUGGAUAUUUUGUAAAGGAGCAUGCCGUUCGACUUGGUGGUGUUGGAAUUGGAAUUGCAUUUGUACAGAGGAUGAUGGCGGUCACACAUCUCGACCUGGGCCUUCGCCUCAUCAAGUAUCUCCUCUGUGCCGUUAACGCACUUUUUGUGUUGACUGGUGCAAUGAUAGUUUCAGUAGGAACAACAAUUUAUGCUGUGUAUGACGAUUUUUCUCGAUUCCUAGACGCAAGUUACUUUUCACCAGCGACUUUAUUAAUAGUCGUUGGAGCAUUUGUAUUUAUAAUUGCAUUUUUCGGAUGCUGCGGAGCAAUCAAAGAAAGUACUUGCAUGGUUUUAGUGUUUGCAGUUUCUCUAUCGUUGGUAUUAGUUAUGGAACUUGGUGCAGCAAUUGCAGCUUAUGCACUUCAAGAUGGAAUUAAGGAUCUUUUAGCUGAGCGAAUAAAUUCUACAAUGCAAGAGUACGAAAGCAGUAAUGAAGCAAAAGCUUCUUUAGAUUUUUUGCAGUCAAGAUUAGGAUGCUGUGGAUAUGAUGGAAGUUAUGACUGGAGAGAUAUUUUGCAUAAUAGUACAAAUGUAAUGAGAGUUCCUGAUUCUUGUUUAAUUGAAGGAAUGGUCUAUCAAAGUGGUUGUAUUAGUCGUCUUUCAAUUAUUGUUCAGCGUAGCGCAUUUUUCUUAGGAGCUGGAGCAACACUAAUUGCUCUAAUUCAGUUGGCUGGUAUAAUGUUCGCUUGCAUGUUGGGUCGCGCGAUUCGAAGACAAAAGAUUGAAAGAACGAGAAGACAAUGGGAAAUGCGAGAAAAUCUCGUCAAUGGAUAUUUUCCAAUUGGAAAAACUGAUCCAGUUGUCUCAUUUCCCGUAGUUUAUAUGCAAAAUUCCGAUUUUCCUCUAAAUUAUAAAGCAAAAGCUUAAAAUAGUAUUUAUAAAAAAUAUCUAAUAUUCUUCUAUAAAAAAAAAUAUUUCCCGAAUCGUUUCUUUUAAAAUUGAAAUCUCAAGACAAUAUGCAAAAUAAUUUUAAUUAACGUGAUAAUUAUCAAGACAACUGUGACAAGUAAGAGUUCUACAUUUAUUAUAUUGAAAAGAACUCAUACUUGAAAUGUGUAAAUGUUAUUUUUAUACUUAAACAAGUUUCUAAUUUUAAUAAAUUUAUUACCAAAAAUUGUUUGCCUGCUCGAGAAUUUCUACAGCUUCCAGACUGUGAUCACCUUUGGGAAGAUAUGGAGUGGUAAAUUCUCGAUACGCAAGACACACUCGACGUGAAUUAACAUCCUCUCGAAGAACUGCAUGUUCCCAAGCAUAUCUGCAAAAAGAAAUAAACGACAAAAUAAACAUUUUUUAUCAUAAUUA